AUGACUGACAUUCAUGAAAUGGGCAUCUUUACUCCUGCUACUAGACCUACUAUUGCUUGGGAAGUGCUCUGGCUCUACCUGGCCUCCUUAGUGGCAGAGGAACAGCCAAAAUCGGACAGGCUCAAGGGCAAAGCGCCUGAGGCGGCCUCUCGACCUCUCUUUGAUUUCUUGAGGGAAACAAGAAUACCGAAUCGUCGAAACACGACCUGGUCGGCAGCCAGUCAGUAUUCAGCGAGUCAAGAUAUGCAUCCCUCGUGUGAUCGCUCUCUCGUAUCGAAAGCUCGAAGCUCUGGGAUCCCAUUUGCGGCGGACCCCUCCGUCAUCACCAUUCAAAAGCUUGGGGACGGUGAGGCCAUGGUGCUGGGCCAUCGGCAAGGAGGUGGUGGGCGAAGUUCUGCCGAUCAAUCAAUUCUCGACUAUUUCAGUUGCCCGUCCUGGCCAUGCUUGCCAAUAGUGCAUUGA